AACAACCUAACCAGAAGUAUCAGCUUUACAAUAGAAAUCACCAUGUCUUCGGUGACGAUAUCGUUGUUGUCAGUCGUGAUAGCACUAGCUUCGUGUGGCAGACUCGAACCUCAAUACUUACCACCACGGCCAGGAGGUGGCAAUGCUGGUCUAGGUGGGCUUGGAGGCGCUGGUGGUGGCGGCGGUGGUGGAGGUAACAGCGGCCUCGGAGGUGGCAGCGGAUUUGGCGGUGGUGGCGGUUUUGGAGGCGGAAGCGGAUUUGGGGGCGGUUCGGGGUCCGGAGCUAAUAUUCCCAUCCUCAGCUACACGAAUGAAAACAACGGUGACGGUACUUAUAGGUUCAGCUAUGAGACUGGAAACGGUAUAUCAGCCCAAGAAAGCGGUGCUCCACGUGCCCCAGGUCCCGAAGGUCCAGCGGUGACUGCUGAAGGAGCCUUUUCCUAUCGCUCUCCCGAUGGCCAACAAAUUUCCCUCACUUACACCGCCGAUGAAACCGGAUUCCAUCCCGUCGGCUCACAUCUUCCCACUCCACCCCCCAUCCCUGAGGCCAUCCUCCAAUCCAUUGAAUUCAACAGACGCAAUCCAUCCUCUGAAGGAGCAUAUAAUGGUGGAGCUGGUUCCGGUGGUGGCAGAGGAUCUGGUAGUGGCAGCGGGUUUGGAGGAUCUGGAGGUGGCAGCGGAUUCGGAGGAUCUGGAGGAGGCAGCGGUAACGGAUUUGGAGGAUCUGGAGGUGGAAGCGGAUUCGGAGGAUCUGGUGGAGGAAGUGGUUUCGGUGGACCGGGUUCAGGUGGCGCAGGAGGUGCUGCAGGUUAUCACUAUUAAUCUCCCAGAUGGUACUACUAAGACAGGCUACAAAAUCGUUUUUAAACGUAGGCUAAAAGAGAUACUAUAAAUGUUAUACCGAUCUCCUGAAGUUCAAGUAUGUUGCGUAAUCAAUGCAUUCUUCAUUUAUUUGUAAACCUUUUUUCCUUUUUAGUUUCAUGUUCGAUAUUUUUUACUAUGUAUCUUUUAUAAGCUACUUACCGCGUUUUUGACAUAAUUGUGGACGAGUAAUACGAUUUGUUGCUACGUAUCUUAGUAAAACGAAUAUUUGAUUUAAAAAGAAAACAAGGCUUUGUCAGAUUUUUUUGCUACUCUUUGCUUUAGUUAGUUAAUGGCUUAAACGUGUAAGUUUCUUUCGUUUCAUCAAGUUUAAUGUUUACGUAAGAUUAGGUAUAAAGAGGUGAACGACCUCACGAAUUUACAAUGGGACUGUGAUACCACGGAAAAAGCGAGCACUCGUCUAUUUAUUUUAAGGCUUACAAUGUAUUUUAAACUCUAUAUGUACAUAAGCAUGUUAUUAAAUGUGAA